CGUUACGCACGAUAUGAAGGUGGCGGAGGGGACGAUGGAGUAAAGGAGGGCCGGGUGUGUAGAGGGACCCGGAUGCGAGUGACUCGAAGGAAGGGGUGGAGGGGGAGAUAUCUAGGAUGAAGAAAAACAAACAAACUUGCAUUUCCGGUACAAGUGAUGGCCUAGUUUUGCACCUUUAAUAUAAUUACAUCGUAAGUAGGACUUUGGCAGAUAUGCGGGACUAUGCCAGGGUUCAUUCUACCUGAGUCAGUGACAGAGGAGUGAAAAGGACACACCAGAGGAGAGAGGACGGAGAGAGGGAGGGCUAGAGAUGCUGUGAGCAGUUGCUGGGAUGGAGAGAAUGGGAGAUGGGAGAGGAAGUGAGGUAGGAGAAGACCAUAUGCCGCUCUCAACAUGCUACUUUUUGGCGUGUCGUUGAGACGCCAGGACACUUGAAAAGCUCGGCUUUUCGUGACGGACUGCUCACUGGUCGAGUCGCUCAGAAGGAGGAGGAGGUGGAUGUGGAGGAGGACGGCGCUAACUGGAGCUAGCUCCCGUCGUUGCUGCUGUGGCUAAAUGUUAAAUAGGCCUAAGACACAGAGAGACACAGAAAACAGUAACUGUUAUCAACAUGAAAACAACCUUUAACGUUUGUUUUGGUCAGUUGCGUAACUCAAGCACCAAAUGCCUUCAGUUUUGUAGAAAUCCCGCGCGUUUGCAUGCUGCAGGUUAACUUUUACCUUGUUGUUUAUAUGACAUAUAAACAUACAUAAAGACGUUAAUCAAAAACGCGAACAAAACCCAUUAGCAAUGUUUGUAUUAGGGCAAACGUUUCAUCUUUAAACCACCCUGGUCCCGAGUGUCUACUGUUUAAAGCUAAUGAGCUUGUUAACUUCAGUGUAGAAGCAGAUAAAUUGAUGGAGAAUGCUUAUCUGUAAAUAUAACCCCACAAACAUGAGAGUGGGACACUUUUCUAAGUUCAGCACCAUUUUAUAUCUUGCAUUAUAAUUGUAAUUACAUAAAUACUGGCAGUUGCCUCCAGUCCCAGCAGUAUGAGUAAGGAACUGUCUCUCAGUCAGGCAUCUCAAUAUGUUGGGCCCUAUCGACUGGAAAAGACCUUAGGCAAGGGGCAGACAGGACUGGUCAAGCUGGGUGUCCAUUGCAUCACCGGUCAAAAGGUUGCAAUCAAAAUAGUCAACAGAGAGAAGCUAUCUGAGUCAGUUUUGACAAAGGUUGAGAGGGAGAUUGCCAUUCUGAAGCUGAUUGAACAUCCGCAUGUGUUGAAGCUGCAUGAUGUUUAUGAGAAUAACAAAUAUCUGUAUCUCGUACUGGAGCAUGUGUCAGGAGGAGAGCUCUUCGACUACCUGGUUAAGAAGGGCAGGCUAACGCCAAAAGAGGCCAGGAAGUUUUUCAGACAGAUCAUAUCUGCUUUGGAUUUUUGUCACAGUCAUUCCAUCUGUCACAGAGACCUGAAGCCAGAGAACUUGCUCCUGGAUGAAAAAAAUAACAUUCGAAUUGCAGACUUCGGCAUGGCCUCGCUACAGGUUGGAGACAAUCUGUUGGAGACCAGCUGUGGAUCACCUCAUUAUGCGUGUCCGGAGGUUAUACGGGGAGAGAAAUAUGAUGGGCGAAGAGCAGAUGUGUGGAGCUGUGGGGUCAUUCUGUUCGCUCUGUUGGUGGGUGCCCUGCCUUUUGAUCACGAUAACUUACGCCAACUCUUGGAGAAGGUGAAGAGUGGGGUUUUCCACAUGCCUCAUUUCAUACCCCCGGAAUGCCAGUCCCUGCUUAUGGGCAUGAUUGAGGUCAAUCCUGAAAAGAGAUUCACGUUAGAGGCCAUACAAAAACAUACGUGGUACAAAGGUGGGCGAAAUGAGCCGUGUCCUGAGCUGCCUCCCACCAGGCGCGUGUGUGUGAAGCAAAUCUUGUCCCUGGCUGAGCUUGACCCCGACGUGUUGGACAGCAUGCACUCUUUGGGCUGUUUUCGGGACAGAGUCAAGCUGACACAAGAGUUGCAAUGUGAAGGAGAAAACCAGGAGAAGAUGAUCUAUUACCUGCUGUUGGACAGGAAAGAGCGCUAUCCGAGCUACGAGGAUGAGGACCUCCCACCACGCAAUGACGUAGAUCCUCCCAGAAAACGUGUAGACUCUCCGAUGUUGACCCGACACGGCCGUUGCCGCCCUGAGAGGAAAAGCUUGGAAGUACUGAGUGUUACUGAACAGGGAUCUCCUACUCCACCUCGCAGAGCCAUUGACACAGCUGCACACAGCCAGAGGUCUCGCUCAGUGAGUGGAGCUUCCACUGGCCUUUCCUCCAGCCCUCUCAGCAGCCCUCGGUCCUAUCAGAGCCCCGUCUUCACUUUCAGCCAUUCAGAUGUCAUCUGUAUCACUGCUAGCCCUCCCACAAAGGAGCCCAAACAGGGAAGCGCCACCACUCCAUGCGCCACACAAUCUCAUGACAAGUCUAAAGCUCUCCCAAGCCCAAAGACCCAAACCCUGCCCACCAAAGGACCCAUUCGACGACCACACCUGCAACCCAUCAAAUCUGUCCCUCUGCACAAUCCGUCCUCCCCGUCUCCGUCCCCCUUUUCACACCUGUCACCCAUUCCUAAUUUCUUCUUUCCUUCAUCCUCUGUCCUAACGCCAGCCGCUAAGAGCUUCUACCCAAACUCUGCCCACUGUGUGCCACAGGUCACUCCCCAGGGCUCUCCAUUGCCCACACCUUUGGGCACCCCUGUCCACCACACUUACCACCCCUCCUCUACCCCACCUUCCUCAUCCUCCUCGAGGGUGGAGGGUGGUGGUGGGGUAUGCUCGCUGUCGCUCACCCCACCUUCUAGUCCAGGAGGUGGAAGUGGCAUGGCGUCCAGCAGCUCGGCCCACUGGAAGACACGGCUAAAUUCAUUCAAGAACAACCUGCUGGGCUCACCUCGUUUCCGCCGUCGUAAAAUGCAAGUCCCUACAGCAGAAGACAUGUCCAAUCUAACACCAGAUUCCAGCCCAGAACUGGCAAAGAAGUCAUGGUUUGGGAACUUCAUUGGUUUAGAUAAAGAGGAGCAGAUCUAUGUUGUCAUCAGAGACAAACCACUGAGCUCCGUCAAAGCCGACAUUGUACACGCAUUCUUGUCUAUCCCAUCGCUCAGUCACAGCGUUCUCUCACAGAACAGCUUUCGAGCUGAAUACAAGUCUUCUGGCGGCCCCUCCGUUUUCCAGAAGCCUGUGAAGUUCCAGGUGGAUAUUACGUUCUCAGAGAGCGAGAGGGAGCGAAGCCGGAGAGGGUCCGAAAGAGAAACCAGGAGGGAGACAGGAAUCUACAGCGUGACGUUCACCCUAAUGUCAGGUCAAAGUCGCAGGUUCAGACGAGUGGUGGAAACAAUUCAAGCCCAGCUUCUCAGCUCCCAGGAUCAAGCUAUAGGUCAAGCCCUAUCUGAUCACUUCCAAGAUGAGAAGAGCAGCCGACACCACAGAACCCCCACCCGCCAAAACUCAAAGCGCUCCGAGGGUGGGGGCGACAGAUUCGAGUGGGCUGACCGGACAGAUGGGGCAGGCAUCGGUGGCAGUGCGGGAGUUUUGCAGCGCAGAAACUCACCAAAGGAGAAAACCAGACUGCUAUCGUUUAAUGGAACCCAGUCACAAUUGUAGGAUAAAAAGUGAGAACACACAGCAAGAAACCUGGACCACAGCAGACAUUUUAUGCUAUCCACGUACUAAUCCUAUUCUUCCUUGACUAAGCUGAUGAAGAAUCUUGUUCAGGGCCAAAGUAAAGCCUUUCCCUCUCUUUUGCUCUUCUUUUAAAACACAAAUUAGGGAAUCACAAUCAUGUGAAUAUACAGUUAGGAGCCCAUCAUAGAUGCAGCUUGGUAGAACCAUUUAGAAAUUUGAAGUUCUAAUGUGCAUGCUACUGUAGUUAUCCAAUCGGCCUGCUGAAGGAUGCCGACAUAGGCUAGUCUACCAUAUCGUAUUGUCUGACAUAUACAACCUCUGGCAACAAAAACAAAAACAGGCUUGUCAUAGCCCAUAAGAUACUCUCAUCCACAAACUACUUGUUGUAGUGAGUUCAUCAGUUCAAACAAAAAAAAAAGUUUUGUUAUUAUGUAUAUUUUAUUUCAAAGACACCUGUGGCACAGGGAUCGCAAUAAAAACAUUUCCUGAAAGGAAAUCCUCAGUUUUGAAACGGCGGAAGAUGGCAAGGGCAUCACAGCAUUUUUUUAAAUUUUAUCUUUACUCAGAGACACAAAUGUUUGUGGGCCUGUGAUGCUCUGAAGGUCUUUUUGUUUUAUCAGAAAUACAAACAUCAUAAGAAAAAAAAAAAACACUGAGUGUAAAGCUGCAUGGAUCUUAUCCCAG